UUCAGCAGGAUCUCCUACCUAACUCUGUUGAGUGUACAUCACUCUAAAGGCUAUAAUUAGUAGGAUGCUGCAUGCUCCAUUCACUCUCUACUUACUUACCCACCAGGAGGACCCUGCUUCAAACAAAUCUCUCUUUUUCUCUCAAAAAUGCAGGGAGGACAUAUGGCAGUUGAAGAGCCUCUUAGGCUCUCCUCAGUAUUAACUUCUUCAAAAUCUAGCUAUUUGCCUUCACUGACCAAAUUAGUUGGAACACUUGGACCGAAUUCGCGGUCUGUUGAAACCAUAGAGGCAUGUCUUAAUGCAGGAAUGUCAGUUGCUCGGUUCGACUUUUCAUGGUUGGAUAGUGAUUACCACCAAGAAACUCUUCAGAAUUUGAGGCUAGCUAUGAAAAAUACUAAGAAACUAUGUGCUGUUAUGCUGGACACUGUAGGCCCAGAACUUCCAGUUUGUAACCAGACUGGGAAACCAAUUGAGCUAAAGGCUGAUGACCAUUUAACUAUUACUUCAGAUGUUUCCAAAGAACCAUCAGCAGAGUUUUUGCCUGUUGAUUAUUGUGGACUCUCUGAGAUUCUGAAGAAGGGCGACACUAUUUUUCUUGGUCAGUAUCUCUUCACAGGAAGUGAAAGCACCUCUGUAUGGCUUGAGGUUUUAGAGACAAAUGGUCAGGAUGUCAUCUGCCUUAUAAAAAACACUGCGACUCUUGAAGGCUUUAUAUUGAUGCAUGUUUCUCAAGUGCAUGAAAGUUUACCAAAUUUGAGUGACAAGGAUAAACAGGUUAUUUUGGAGUGGGGCUCACAUAACAAUGUUGAUUUGAUAUCUCUAUCAUAUACUCGCAGUGUUGAAGAUGUACGAGAGCUCAGAGCUUUUCUUGAAACAAAUAAUCUCAAUGAGACUCAAGUAUUUGCCAAAAUAGAAACUGUGGAGGGUUUGAAACAUUUUGGUGAGAUCCUUCAGGAAGCAGAUGGCAUUAUCCUUGGUCGUGGAAAUUUAGGAAUUGACCUUCCCCCAGAAAAGGUUUUCUUGUUUCAGAAGUCUGCUGUAUAUAAGUGUAACAUGGUAGGGAAACCUGUCAUAAUCAGUAGAGUAGUUGAUAGCAUGACUGCAAAUCUAAGACCAACUCGUGCUGAAGCAACAGAUGUUGCAAAUGCUGUACUUGAUGGUGCUGAUGGUAUAUUAUUGGGUGCUGAGACACUUAGAGGACUAUAUCCCAUUGAAACAAUAAAAGUUGUGGGGAGAAUUUGUGCUGAGGCUGAGACAGUGUGCAAUCAUUCUGUUCAUUUUAAGAGAAUCAGCAAACAUGUUGGAGAGCCUAUGUCUCAUGCUGAAUCUGUUGCUUCAUCAGCGGUACGUGCUGCAAUUAAGGCGAAGGCUGCACUGAUUGUUGUAUUCACAUCCUCAGGAAGAGCAGCAAGGUUGAUUGCUAAGUAUAGGCCACCAGUGCCUGUGUUUGCGGUUGUUAUUCCUCGUCUCAGAUCGAAUUCGUUGAAAUGGACUUGCACCGGUUCUGCGCAGGCUCGUCAGCUGCUUGGUGUCAGAGGAGUUUACCCUAUCUUGGCUAGCCCUAAUGUGGCAACUUCAGGUCGUUCAAGUGAAGAGUCUGGAUUGAAAAUUGCCCUUGAUCAUGGUAAAUCUGUGGGAUUGCUUAAGCCUAAUGAUCAAAUAGUCGUCUUCCAAAAGAUUGCAGAUUCAUCUGUGGUAAAGAUUGUUGAGCUUCAAGCUUAAAAUUUUUGUAAAUUCACUUCCUAAACCUUUUUUUUUUUUUAAGUGUAGUUUGAUGAGUCUAAUCAAAGAGAAACGUUCUAAAAUUAGGUUGGACCACUAGACUUUUUAACUCAUUCAUAGUCUCAUAAAAGUAUUAUAUUCAGAAUCA